AUGCUUCGUGAAACUAGUUUCAUACGUCAUACAAAGGGUGAGCGACGACUGGUUGAAAACCAAUGGCCCCCUCAGACGUCGAAGGCGAAUGCGCAGUUGACCAGACUUCGUCCAUCGUCCGGAUUCGCACGGGCUGGUCUGAAACGACGAGCGAAGGGUCCAACGAAUGGGGCGUCGCUGAUCUUGGACUUGGAUACGGUCAAGACGCAGUCAAGUCCGAGAUCUGACGAACGUUCGUCAAAGUGCCACAGCAGGGAACAUCGUGUCGGGCGAAAAGAAUACCGUAAUUACGUUGUCGUACAGUGA